UCUGGAGAAGUGGGCAGUAGGGGUAUCAAUUCUGAUCGGGUUUCCAAAGAGCUUAGCAAUAGUUUUUUUUUUUUUUUGAAGAAAGCUUAGCAAUAGUUUUCAAAGAUCUUAAGUCGUGAAGGUGGAUUGGGAGUCCGUCGAGGGAGAUCCAGAUAGUAGCUAGGCGUGAGUCCCGUUCAACGGAGAAGUUGGGCGUCCAUCGGGUGACCAUCAUCUGGGAUGGGAGGGCGACCGAAGGGAAAAGUACCAACCACAGCAAAUUGGAAAGGGUGAAUGAUAAGUCCGUAUUUAGACACGCAUUUGAUGCGUGUUGAGAUUGGAUUUUGAUGGUUUUCCAGCUUUAAGGUGUUGCAAGUCUCAAUUUUAGCUCAAGUUAUGUUUACCGGGCGUUGGUUCGAGUUUUGUGUCAUUUAGAGUCAAAAUCAGAAUUUUAGAGUUCGGCACCGGCGCUUGAGGAGCAAUCGGGAUGAUUCGAGAUGCAUUCGAGAGUGGAUUGAGAGAUUUGGAGGUCACCGGAAGGUUUACAGUGAAGAUUUGAUGACAAAAGAGCUCUAGGAUUGGCUACAAGGUCAAAAGAAGAUGAAUGAAGCUGGAAAACAACGAUCAGGAUGACCUUCUGUCAAUCGUUCAAGCAUAACUCUUUGUACAAACAACCUAUGGACACGAUUCAAGUUCCAUAUGAAAGAUAACUGCAAGGGCUACAAAUGAUUUGAAGACAUCUUUGCGAGAAUAUGAGAGGAAGAAGGUGAAAACAGACGUUGAAGUCAGAUGAUCUCUGUUGCGAUUUCAGAAAGACACCUUCCACCAUUUUGAUCAUAUCUCUUGAUUGGAUGAUUCAAAUCACAUUCGGAAAAUUGGGGUGGAUAGAGGACUUCAUUAUCUACAACUUUCAUGAAGAAAGCAUUGCCAAAUUCGGAAGUUAAGUAGGCACGAUCGUACCCUCAGAGUCAGGCAUGGUCGUGCCUGAAGAGAAAAGCACCGCGAAGUUACUGCCAGCCAAGCACGAUCGUGCCUGGAGGGAGGCACGAUCGUGCCUGCCCAAAAUGCGCGUUUUUGCUCCGGAGGCACGAUCGAAGGCACGAUCGUGCCUGGUGUGAAAGACAUUAGAAUAUACUUUAGAAUAUUCUUCUAUCCUUAGAAUAUACUUUAGAAUAUUUUAGGAAUAUACUCUAGGAUAUUAUUAUUGUAUAGAAUCUUAUAGGAAUAUUCUAUCUUUGUAAUGUAUAUUUAUAGGGACUUAACCCUCCAAUGAAAUAUAUAGAAAAUCCUUCUCUCCAUCUUUAAUAUCAUUCUAGUUUAUAUUUCAACAUGGAAUCAGAGACUUCCAUUUUAGUUUAGUCUUUUUUCCAGAUUUCAGUUAAUUUUCAGAUUUUCAGAUUGGAUUCUUCCUUGAGUUCAGUCUUCAGAACCUUCGACACCAAUCUGUCUCUAAAUUCUUUCUUCAGGAUUUCAGCUUUCCAAUUCUUGAGGAACUUGAGUUCAGUUUUUCAUAUUCUUCAGAACCUCUAAAUUUCCCAGAAAGUAUCAGUCUGCCCCCAGACCUCACAAAUUUCAGACCACACAUUUCAUCACCACCGUACCCAGGUGGUGCGGCUACCUCCGACGACACAGAAACAAAAGUCCGACACCCAUACUCUAAGCGAGUGAGCCGCACGCGCCGCCACAGCACGGCGAACUUAACUCACGUGCCGGCGCGUCUCGUCUGUUCUCCGGCCAGAUUUCUGAUCGAAAACCACCCAUCAGCUCGCCUGUGUAUGGCCUCUCUUUUGUGGUCGCUCGUUUCGUCCUGGUAAGCAUUAGUUCCUGCCUCGAUAGCCUUGUUGCGUAAAAGUCAACGCAAACUCGCGAGGAACACACCCGGUUGCUUUGUCACAAUCUUAUAGCAGAUUGUUAAGGGAGGAGAAUAUUUAUUUUCUUUGCCUAAACCGGAGGAAUAGUUCGACGCGGUAACCUCGGGUGAAUAUCAGUCAGUUCAACUCAAAAUCUGGUGAGACCCGUUGUUAUUCUUGCUAUGAUUUUUUACUGAUUACCGUGUGCUUGGAGAAUACAGAAGUCCAAGAAGUAAAUUGUGGUCACCUUCCUUUCCUUUAUUCUGCAUCAUUUUUUCCAAAAUUUGAGCCCACACGUAAAAAGGCUGCUGUAAGUUUCCAAUGCAAUCUCAGAUUUGAUUUUAUUUAAAAAAAAAAAGAAAAAAAAAAUACAAAAAAAAAAAUACAAAAAAAGAAAAAGAAAAAGAAAAAAAUGUUUCGUACAGGUCAAUUUGACAGAGGAGUAAUAUGCAAUUACUGCAAGAAAUCCGGACACUUGCUCAAAGAUUGUAGAAAGUUGGCAUUCAAAAAUCAAGGAAAUUUGAUUGCUCAUGUUGCUUCCGCUACCACCUCAUCUGAUGGAUCAGUUGCUAUUUCUUCGGAUGAAUAUGCCAAAUUUAUUUGCUACCAAGAAUCUCUAAAGCAUUCAUCUGUCCCUAUCUCGGUAGCCGCGAAUUCAGGUAUUUCAAACACAUGUCUUGUUUCGUCAUCCUCGAAAUGGGUCAUUGACUCAGGUGCCACAGAUCAUAUGACCGGUAAUCCUAGUCUAUUCUCGUCAUUCCAUUCAUAUUUACCUACUUCUAGUGUCACUUUAGCUGAUGGAUCUACCUCACCCGUUCUUGGAUCUGGUACUGUUGUUCCAACUUCUACAUUACCAUUAUCGCCUGUUUUGAGUCUUCCUAAUUUUGCAUUUAAUCUGCUUUCCAUUAUUAAAAUCACGCGUACUCUUAAUUGUUCUGUAACAUUUUUUCCUGGAUAUUGUGUGUUUCAGGAUCUGUUAACGAAGCAGACUAUUGGUAAAGGACAUGAGUCAGCUGGUCUUUAUAUUUUGGAUACAUCAAUCACAAAAGGUAUCUCUUGUCUUGGGGUUGGGACUUUGUUAGAUGCUCAUUACCGAUUAGGACAUCCAUCUCUCCCAUUAAUGAAGCAAAUAAAUCCCCAAUUUAAUAAGAUGACCUCUUUACAAUGUGAGUCAUGUCAAUUUGCGAAACACCAUCGUACUAGCUUGAGCCCUCGAGUUAAUAAACGAGCAAAUGCUCCAUUUGACCUUGUUCACUCUGAUGUUUGGGGUGCUUGCCCGGUUGUGUCUAAAGCAGGUUUUAAAUAUUUUGUUACCUUUGUUGAUGACUAUUCUCGUAUGACAUGGUUGUAUUUCAUGAAACGUCGAUCUGAGUUGUUCACUCAUUUUUCUUCCUUUUAUGCUGAAUUAAAACUCAGUUUAACGUUCCUGUUCGGGUGUUAAGAGGAGACAAUGCCCAAGAAUAUCUAUCUGCUACAUUUAAGUCAUUUAUGCUUCAACAUGGCAUUAUUCAUCAAACUUCAUGCGUUGACACACCUCCUCAAAAUGGAGUUGCAGAACGAAAGAACCGACAUCUGUUAGAAACUGCAAGGGCUCUUCUAUUCCAAAUGAAUGUGCCUAAACAGUUUUGGGCAGAUGCCGUGUCUACUGCAUGUUUUUUGAUAAAUCGAAUGCCAUCUUCUGUUCUGAAUGGUAAAGCUCCUUAUCAUUGUCUAUUUCCAAACAAAGAGCUUUUUCCUAUCCCACCUAAAAUAUUUGGUUGCACUUGUUUUGUUAGAGAUGUUAAUCCUCAUCUUACAAAGUUAGAUCCCAAAUCAUUAAAAUGUAUUUUCUUGGGUUAUUCUCGAGUCCAAAAGGGGUAUAGAUGUUUUUGUCCAAGUACUGGUCGGUAUCUUGUUUCUAUUGAUGCAUCAUUUCAUGAAAAUACACCUUUUUCAUCAUCUAAGGCAGAUAUUCAUGAGAGUAAUGAUGAUAUACUCAUUUACACGAUGACUAUUCCCGAGUCCACACUUUCGACAAAUAUUCCACAAGUUACUGUUCCUGACCCUAGGCCUCCCGUACAUUUGGUAUACACCGGUCGACACAAAGCACCUGAUCACCCUCCACCGGCGAUACCUGUGAUUACUUAUCCUGAUACUAGUUCGACUCCGAUCUCAUGUCCUGAACCAGUACCUGCAUCCUCAGAUCUUGUCUCCACAUCAGAUCUUGACCUCCCAAUCGCACUACGUAAAGGUACACGGUCUUGUACUCAUCCUAUUUCUUCAUUUGUGUCAUACAAUCAGUUAUCUCCUGCUUCAUGUUCUUUUAUUGCUUCCAAUGAUUCUAUUUCUGUUCCCAAAUCUGUCAAAGAAGCUUUGUCUCAUCCUGAAUGGCGUCAUGCCAUGGUAGAGGAAAUGAAUGCUUUAGAUCUUAAUGGUACUUGGGAUUUGGUUGACUUGCCUACAGGGAAGAAAUCUAUUGGAUGUAAGUGGGUCUUCGCUGUAAAGGUUAACCCUGACGGAUCCGUUGCUCGGUUGAAAGCCCGAUUAGUGGCAAAGGGUUAUGCUCAAACCUAUGGUGUCGAUUAUUCUCACACAUUUUCUCCUGUUGCUAAAUUAACAUCUGUCAGGUUACUUAUCUCUCUCGCUGCAACUAAUGGUUGGCACUUACAUCAGUUGGACAUUAAAAAUGCAUUCUUGCACGGUGAUCUUCAGGUGGAAGUUUAUAUUGAGCAACCUCCGGGAUUUGUUGCUCAGGGGGAGUAUGGAAAAGUGUGUCGACUUCGCAAGUCUCUUUAUGGUUUGAAACAGAGUCCCCGUGCAUGGUUCGGAAAAUUCAGUCAAUCAAUUGAACGAUUUGGAAUGAUAAAAGGCAAAUCAGAUCACUCUGUAUUUUACAGACAAACGAAAGCAGGUAUCACAUUGCUUGUGGUGUAUGUCGAUGAUAUUGUGAUUACAGGGAGUGAUAAUGCAGGUAUUUUGGCCCUUAAGAAUUUUCUUCAUAGUCAAUUCCAGACAAAAGAUUUGGGCUCAUUAAAAUACUUCUUGGGGAUUGAGGUUACAAGGAGUAAGAAAGGCAUAUUUCUAUCUCAGCGCAAAUAUGUGCUUGACUUGCUAACUGAAACAGGGAAAUUGGGGGCAAAGCCGAGCAAUACUCCCAUGAUUCCUAAUGUGCAGCUCACUCAUGAAGGUGUGCCAUUCGAAGAUCCAGAAAGAUACAGAAGGUUGGUUGGAAAGCUUAACUAUCUCGCAGUUACCCGUCCAGAUAUUGCCUACUCAGUCAGUGUAGUAAGUCAAUAUAUGUCAUCUCCGACAGUUGAUCAUUGGAAUGCAGUAGAGCAUAUAUUAUGUUACUUGAAGGGGACACCAGGACGAGGUAUUGUUUAUCAAAAUCAUGAUCACAUGAGAAUAGAAUGCUUUGCAGAUGCUGAUUGGGCUGGAUCUAAAGAUGAUAGGAGAUCCACAUCUGGCUAUUGCGUCUUUGUUGGUGGUAAUCUCGUCUCUUGGAAAAGUAAGAAGCAAAAUGUGGUUUCUCGUUCGAGUGCUGAAUCAGAAUAUCGGGCUAUGGCACAAUCGGCAUGUGAGAUAAUCUGGAUAAACCAUUUGCUGAGUGAAAUCGGAUUGAAGACACCAAUGCCUGCUAAACUCUGGUGUGAUAACCAAGCUGCUAUACACAUUGCCAACAACCCAGUGUUUCAUGAGAGAACAAAACAUAUUGAGGUCGAUUGUCACUUUGUUCGAGAAAAGAUACAACAAGGAUUGAUCUCUACAGGAUAUGUGAAGACUGGAGAGCAACUUGGAGAUUUGUUCACUAAAGCAUUAAAUGGAAUUCGUGUUGGUUAUUUAUGUAACAAGUUGGGCAUGAUAAAUAUCUAUGCUCCAACUUGAGGGGGAGUGUGAAAGACAUUAGAAUAUACUUUAGAAUAUACUUUAGAAUAUUCUUCUAUCAUUAGAAUAUACUUUAGAAUAUUUUAGGAAUAUACUCUAGGAUAUUAUUAUUGUAUAGAAUCUUAUAGGAAUAUUCUAUCUUUGUAAUGUAUAUUUAUAGGGACUUAACCCUCCAAUGAAAUAUACAGAAAAUCCUUCUCUCCAUCUUUAAUAUCAUUCUAGUUUAUAUUUCAACACCUGGCAUCGUGUCUGCCUCCGGAAAUCCCAAUUCAGCUCAAAUUUGACCCGAUUUUCUAUUUAAACAACCUGUAAACCCCCGUUUGGGGGGGGGGGGGGCUUAGAGAGAGUGCCUAGCACGAAUUUUAGAGGGCUUUUCAGUCUUGUUCAUCAAUCUUUUGGGAUUGUUUGUAUUCAAAUAAUUGAAACAACUAACUUGGAAGACAUCAAAGUAGUAGACAUUGCCAUCUUCCACAGGACCUCGCAGAGUAUAUGCGCUUGGACCCCAUGGCUCACAUACUCAUAAAGUCAACAAUACCAGAGGAACAUCCACGUGGCUCCCAUCCGCCUAGUGGGUUCCGCAACGGCCAGAACCUGACCAGCCAAGAACACUGCCUGGAGGACAGAUGGGCCUCGUCGGCCAUGGACCGCAUCGGCCAGAGGACCGCGUCGUCCAAAAGGCACCGCAUUGGCCAAAAGUUAUCUUUGCAGAAUGCAUUUUCCCAUCUUUUUUACUAAGUGUUGUACUCAGCAGCCCAUUAGUGGCCUUAUUUCGCCCAAAGAAGACAUGCAUAUGAUUAUUGUAAUGGGCCUCCUAAGCCCAAGACUAGGGGCCCAAAUCCACAUUUUUACCUAUAAAUAGACCCCUAGGGGCCUAGUUAUGGGGUUGAGAAAUAUUAAU